AUGGCAGGCAGAGAGACAAUCAAGGAGUGGACUCAUGCGAAUGAGCCCGCGCUCAUCGCCAGACGACUUCAAAAGGGCAUAGUGCGAAAAGUAUUCUAUUGUGCCGGUGUCAAUGACCGUUGGUGCUUUGAUCAACACGACAAGUGGAAAUACCGAUUUGGUCUCUGUCUUCACGCUGGUGUCGAUCCAUUUACUGGGGUCAUAAAAUGGAUGAAGAUAUGGUGGAAUAAUUCGAAUCCGAUUUUGAUUUGCAAAUAUUACUUGGAUGUCGUGGAAGAUCUUGGAUAUGGCCCGCUUCUGACUCAAAGUGACGUCGGUAAUGAAAAUGGAAACGUAGCUCGGGCUCACACUUUCUUGCGACAAUGGGCUGAUCCGGAGUUAUCUAAUACCGUACAACACCGUUGGAUGGCAGAGAAGAAGAAUAUCCUGUCUGAGAUAGUUUGGAGUGUACUCCGUGCGACUUUUAGCUUCGGCUAUGAGGGUGUCCUCCAGUUCGGUGUGGAAGAAGGAUGGUAUGAUCCGAAGGUCCCUUUGGAAGCAUUAGUCUCUCUUUUCUCAUGCAUAGCAGCUCACAUAUCGGUCAGUUUGGUAUUUCGUUACAUUUUUAUUCCUUGGCUACAACAUGAGCUGGAUGAAUAUGUCCUCAAAAACAACACAACCAAAAAAAGACACAAUCGAAAGGUAGCCCGUCCAAAUGGCGUCCUGUUGCUCAUCGAGCAGGCCCCGGAGCGAUUCGACGCUCAAGAUUACAAGGUCACUUUCAGCCCUGAUUCCAUUCAGACUGCAAGGCAACUUUAUGCACCAGCUGAUCAUCCUGUGUUGGAACUGGUCCCAGAAUCAUUUUGGCGAUGUGCCGAGGUCUUUAUGAAUGAGCUUGGGAAUCCCGAAAUAAGACAAGACUGUGUCUGGGAUAUAUAUCUUGGACUGUUGGGCAAGUUUCGUGAGCAUAACAUCAUCACCAUAGAUGAAUGGGAUUUCUUCAUCGAUAACAACUACGAUGAAGAAACCCCAGAGGACGUGAAUAACCCUUUGGUGCUAAAGCCACGGAGGAGUGAAGAAGUUGAGAACAGUCGAGAAUUAAGUGAACAAUCGGGUGAGGAGGAUUUUGAAAUAUCAGGAGAGGCGCCUAGGUUAGAGAUGUCAUUAGAGGACUUUUUGCAACAUAUGCAAGUAUAG